AUGAGAAAAAAUAUAAUAUAUUUGUGUGCUUGUUUACUUGCACAACUCCGUGGGUUGAAAAAGAGAAAAGAGGCAGUUGAUGAAGAAGCAAGGCUUGCUCUUGAGGAUUAUAAGUCAUCAUUGAAGCAAUUGGAAGGUAAAGGUGGGCAACCAAGUCGUGACAUGGGAGCCUUAAGUGGUAGAAGGGUUUUUGGUGUUCGUAAACAGCAGGUUCAGGAAACAAGUAAGAAGGUCAAAACAGAUAAUUACUAUGGAGAAAGUGAUAGUAAAGUUGAAUUUGGGGACAAGGAAGACGAGGACAGUGAGCAUGGAAAAAAUCAUCUUUCUGUAAGAGAAGUAAACAUUGACCCUGAUUUACUUCGUGAAGAGUCUGAGAUCAGUCAUGAUCCUGUGUUUAAGGUGGUGAAGAGAGCUGGUGUGAGCAUCAAACCUAACCAAUUUCAGGAUGUGAAUCCCCAUGAAAAAGUGGAAAAUCAUAAGCGCAAGGGACAGAGGCCAAGCAAGGGUAAAGAUAAGAGUCGAUCUAUGAAAAAAAAAUGA